GGCGCGGGGCGCGGCGGGGCGGCCGUGCAUGGCCCUGCGCGCCGGGCCGGGCUGCCUCGGCCGGCUCUGGAGCAGGGUCGCGCGGCUCCCGGACGCCUGGGCGCGGCGCUCCGGCCGCCUCCUGUGCCUGGCCGCCUCCUCGGCCGAGCCCGGGCCCGCGCCGCCCCGCGGUGGCGGCGGCCCCGGCGGCCCCGGCGGCCCCGGCGGAGGGCGCCCCCCCCAGCCUCCCCGCCCCCCGCCUCCCCGCCGCCGCCGCUUACAACUUGGAGGCGGCGGAGGAGGAGGCGGCGGCGGCGGCCGCCGGGCGCUGCAGUGGGACGCGCGCGGCUGCGAGCCUGCGGGACAUGCCCCCCGCGCCGGCUCCUUGCUGGCGGCCAUGAAGAGGCAGAACGUGCGGACUCUGUCCCUCAUCGUCUGCACCUUCACGUACCUGCUGGUGGGCGCCGCGGUCUUCGACGCCCUCGAGUCGGACCACGAGAUGCGCGAGGAGGAGAAACUCAAAGCCGAGGAGAUCCGGAUCAAGGGGAAGUACAACAUCAGCAGCGAGGACUACCGGCAGCUGGAGCUGGUCAUCCUGCAGUCCGAGCCGCACCGCGCCGGCGUCCAGUGGAAAUUCGCCGGCUCCUUCUACUUUGCCAUCACGGUCAUCACCACCAUCGGCUACGGGCACGCGGCGCCGGGCACGGACGCGGGCAAGGCCUUCUGCAUGUUCUAUGCGGUGCUGGGCAUCCCGCUGACGCUGGUGAUGUUCCAGAGCCUGGGCGAGCGCAUGAACACCUUCGUGCGGUACCUGCUGAAGCGCAUCAAGAAGUGCUGCGGCAUGCGGGACACCGAGGUGUCUAUGGAGAACAUGGUGACCGUGGGCUUCUUCUCCUGCAUGGGGACGCUGUGCCUGGGCGCCGCCGCCUUCUCGCAGUGCGAGGAGUGGAGCUUCUUCCACGCCUACUACUACUGCUUCAUCACGCUCACCACCAUCGGCUUCGGCGACUACGUGGCGCUGCAGACCAAGGGCGCACUGCAGCGGAAGCCGCUCUACGUGGCCUUCAGCUUCAUGUACAUCCUGGUGGGGCUGACGGUCAUCGGGGCCUUCCUCAACCUCGUGGUCCUCAGGUUCCUGACCAUGAACAGCGAGGACGAGCGGCGGGACGCGGAGGAGCGGGCGUCUCUGGCCGGCAACCGCGCCAGCGUGGUCCUGCGCCUGGCCGAGGAGGCACGGCGCGGCCGGGCUCGUGGCAAGGCGGACGUGGGCGACCUGCACUCCGUGUGCUCCUGCACCUGCUACCGGCCGCCGGAGCUGGGGGGCCGCCUGGCCCUGCACCCCAACUCCUUCAGUGCCAAGCUGGGCCCCCACUACUUCCACUCCGUCUCGUACCGGAUCGAGGAGAUCUCGCCAAGCACACUGAGAAACAGCCUCUUCCCGUCGCCCCUCAGCUCCCUCUCCCCCGGCCUACACAGCUUCACCGACAGCCACAGACUCGUGCGGAGACGCAAGUCCGUGUAGGCUCCUGGACGCUCGGCACGCGGGGCCCCCCACGGCCGCGGCUCUCGCCACGCGCCUUUUCCUCCCUGGCGAUGAGGCGGAGGAUGAGUCCCAGCCUUUGCCCCGGGGGCCGCGGGCCUCACGGCGCCCCUCGCCUCUCUCGGUUCCGUUCUUCCCUGCCGUUCCCCCAAGACAGAGCCGCCGAGGGGAGAACAAGGCCUGUCCCGUCCGAAGCUGGCCUCUAGCAUGAAGCAUGGAUUCCUUCCUCCCUUCCUCCCCCGACGUAUGCCUUACAUUCUCCCCAGCGGGCCCAGCGCGUGGGCAGCUUGCAGGACAGAACGGGGGCUCGUUUCUGAUGGUGACGAGGCCCUCCCCACCCCACGCACCCCUCGACUCUGCAGCUGUCAGGAGAGGGCGGAGGGGGGGCGGCGGCCCACCAGAAGCGGGGCAGCGCAGCUGCAGUCCCGGAGGACGAGGGAUGGCUCGGCCACCGCCCGCCCUCCCCACGGGGCCCGGGACGCGCAGGUGGGCGAGCCGUGUUGGACCUGCAGCCCCCCUCGAGCGCCGAGGAGCCCCCCACCCGCUUGCUUUCCCGUUCCUCCUCUGCUUCCCGCCUGGGAGGGGCGCGUUCACUAAUGGCCUUAGCACCGUCUGGAGCCGAGCGGAGACAGGCGUCCGCCAUGCACGGAGAGCGGAGACAAACUCACCAAUGUUUACACGUCCAAGUAGACAUCCAGCCCGUGUAAAAUAUGUGACUUAUGCAAGGGAUUGCAUCUUCCUUUUGUAACGAAUGCACUAGAGCAGCCCUGUAUAUAUUUUACAAUGUCUUUACAGAGAAAGAGCCACUUACUGUAGUGUUGUAAAAUAAUGCACUUUUCUAAUUUUUUCAUUAAAAUCUCUAUGGCACGUU